AUGGUUUCACAAGACUCACCCCCAAAUCCAGCUUCAAGUAUCUUUCACCAAUUCAUUAUCUCAGACUCCAUUGCUGCCCAAAACCAUUUGGAAAGCCAACACCUUGAUGCUUAUGAGUCUUCUUUUCGGAAUAGUAACACAAUCCCUCAGUCUCUUGGUGUCCUGCCCAGCCUUCAUUCUCUUGGGGAGAGAAUGUCCAGAUCAGUGCACCUUGUUCAAGCUCGCACAGGUGCAGAGGACUCAGAUAUGAACAGCCACACAAGGCAUCUGAUGGAUCUUCCUAGAGCAGCAAUGGAGAACCAAGCACAGAGGCUCUCACUGUCCCUUGGUUCCCACAUGCUUGUUCCAUCUGUCCAAUAUAGGCAGAGGUCUAUGAAUUCAGACCUCAUGAGCCACAAUCACUUUAUCAUUGGAGAAGAAUCAGGGGAAGCUUGCAAUCCAGGAGUUGAACAUGUAAGCGAUGAGUAUUGUUUCAUAGGCAGUGCGCUUGCUUCGUCUUCAAACUCGCUAAGUCGAUCUUGUUCCACUUCAUAUGGAACUGAAUCUUUAGCGGAUGUUAUUGGGAAUUCAAGAUAUCUAAAACCAGCUCAGUCCCUCUUAGAUGAGAUUGUUAAUGUUGGUGGAAAACAAGUUGACGUCAGCAAUGAAAAACAUGCUGGAAAGUUAUAUGGUGAAGGCCGGAGAGGUGCUAUGGGGCUUUCUUCUGAACUGAAAGCAGAGUUGUGCUGCAAUGGGCUCAUGUCCGCUGACAAGCAUGAAUUGCAAGCUAGACUUGCAAACCUUAUCACCUUGUUGGAACAGGUUGAGGACAGAUGUGAGAAGUACUACCAUCAAAUGGAAGAAGUGAUGACAUCAUUUGAGAUGGUAGUAGGUGAAGGAGCAGCCAAGUCUUACACAGCUCUGGCACUAAAGGCCAUGUCCAGGCAUUUUUGCAGCUUAAGAGAUGCCAUAGUUUCCCAUAUCUAUGCCGAAAAACGAAAGCUGUUGCAAGACGUACCGAAAAUCAGUUCGGGACUAUCACAACUUAACUUGUUUGACAGAGAGUGCAGACACAAAAGAAUGUCUCUUCAACAGCUUGGCAUUUUCCAGAGCCAACGCCAAGCUUUCAGACCAAUUCGAGGCCUGCCAGAGACCUCUGUGGCAAUUCUUCGCACUUGGCUUUUUGAACACUUCCUCCACCCUUAUCCAAAUGACUCUGAGAAGCUUCUGUUGGCAUCACAAACAGGCUUGUCAAAGAACCAAGUUUCAAAUUGGUUCAUAAAUGCGCGAGUUCGGCUCUGGAAACCUAUGAUAGAAGAAAUGUACAAAGAAGAGUUUGGGGAGUCUUCGGAGGAUUCCAACUCUUUAGCCGGUGGCUCCAUGACCGGUGAAGGUAACACAGAUCACACAGAGGAUUGA